AUGAGCUUUUAUCUAUAUAUUUUGCUUAUAAUUUUUCCUUUGUUGGUUUUGUUGGUAUUGCUAAGACGCGAGAAUGGACGCUCAGGCAUGAAAAUUCCCCCAGGAUCAUGUGGAUGGCCAGUGAUCGGAGAAAGUAUCAAGUUUGUGUUAUCCGGUCCGCAGAGAUUUAUCAGCGAGAGGCGAAGAAAGUACUCCAACGAUGUGUUUCAAACGAGUCUUUUCGGGCAAAGGAUGGCGGUGUUUUGUGGAGCACAAGGAAAUAAGUUUGUGUUCACCAAACUACUGACCAGCUGGUGGCCUGUGUCUGUGAGAAAGGUUCUGGUUUUCCCCGAGUUCGCCGACGCUUCUGUGAAAGAAGUUUCGGCUGUGAUGCAUGGCUUUGUGCGUGAGAUUCUAAAGCCCGAGGCACUCAAGCAGUACAUCCCGGUGAUGGACGCUAUGGCACGAGACCAUGUGGAAUCGGAAUGGGAUGGUAAUGAAGUGGUGAAGGUGCUUCCACUCACGAAGAAGUACACGUUUGAUCUUGCGUUUAAUACGUUUAUGAGUGUUGUGGAUGAUGAGCAUCUCGCGAGGCUAUUCAAGCAGUUUACACUUAUGACUACUGGACUGUUUUCGGUCCCAAUUGAUCUUCCGGGCAUGGCCUUUAAUAAAGGAAUUAAGGGCGGGGAAGUGGUCCGGGGGGAGCUCUUGAAGAUAAUUAGCAAGAGGCGCAAGGAAAUGAUGGAGAGCAAAGAAGGCUCACAAUUGUCUACGGAUUUUUUGGCUCGAUUGCUGCUGGUGCAGGAUGAAAAUGGAAAAUAUAUGAGCGAAAAGGAGAUAUCGAAUAAUAUUAUUGGUUUACUUGUUGCUGGCUACGAGACCACCAGCACGGCUGUUACCUUUGCGCUCAAGUAUCUUGCGGAGCUUCCACAUAUUUAUGAUGAGGUUCACAAAGAACUAAUGGAAAUAGCACAAUCAAAAGGAGAGGGGGAGUUGUUAACGUGGGAAGAUAUUCAGAAGAUGAGAUACACAUGGAACGUUGUCUGUGAAUCUCUAAGGCUCACGCCACCUGCUCAUGGUGGCUUUAGGGAGGCUGUCAAUGAUGUUUCGUUUGCUGGUUUUACCAUUCCAAAGGGGUGGAAGGCAUCGUGGACAGUGCAUAGCACACACAAGGAUCCAGAAUGCUUUCCGGAUCCAGAGAAAUUUGAUCCAUCAAGGUUUGAAGGGAAAGGACCUGCCCCGUACACAUUCGUGCCUUUUGGCGGAGGACCUAGAAUGUGCCCCGGAAAAGAGUAUGCUAGACUUGAAAUUCUGGUUUUUAUAUACAACAUAGUUACCAGAUACAAGUUGGAAAAGAGCAAUCCCCGAGAGAAGAUGAUAUUCCACUUUGCCCCAGUACCAAAUGAAGGCCUUCCACUUCGCAUAAUCCCCCAUACAAUAUAA